AUGGAUGAUAUGGAUCCUGAGAUCAUUUUCAAUGAUCAACUAAUGGGAGAGAAUUUAGUUCACAAUGAUGAUGAGGAUGACACAAUGAUAGAGUAUAAUGAUGACGAAGAUGAUGAACUGCAUAGACAACCUGAUGUUGAUGUAGAUCCUAAUAUAGAUCUUGAUAUAGAUUAUGAUAUGGAUUAUAUGGAUCCUGAGAUCAUUUUCAAUGAUCAACUAAUGGGAGAGAAUUUAGUUCACAACGAUGAUGAGAAUGACACAAUGAUAGAGUAUAAUGAUGACGAAGAUGAUGAACUGCAUAGACAACCUGAUGUUGAUGUAGAUCCUAAUAUAGAUCUUGAUAUAGAUUAUGAUAUGUAG